AAUCUUUAAACAGAUCCUCUGAGAACUGUUGGCUUUAUCUAUUUAUACAAGUAGAAGGCACAGUAGAUAAUAAAUCCCGAGACACUGUGGUGUGUAAUGAAGCAUCAUUGUAGUGGGGUAUUUAAACUCUUUGAUUUAUGAAAGAUUAAUGUGAGAUUAGUUACAACCUGGACACAUCUGAUAAGAGUGAAGAAAAACCCACCUGAAGACGGAGUUGGUUUGUUUCUCACAUUGUGCAAAGACAUUCAUUUUGUUUUCCUACCUAAUAUGCUCUUCACCAUUUCCCACAAUGCAUAAAAACAUGCUCAUGCAAUUAUUAAAGGUAGCCGAACAGAUAUAAGGGUCGCUUUGCCGGCCUACUGUGAGCUGCUGUUCAAUGAUAAAAAUUCCUGUUCACAUUACAUAUAAAGUAAAUCUUUUUUUACGAAUAAUCUAUUUUAAUAUUCCCUUGAUGAUGUCAUUUUAUAGAUAUAUGCUUUAUUUAUUCACGCAGAAAACACUGAUUUCAUUUAAAAAUGCUCGCCAUUAAAGAUAAUACAAUAAUUUACAUUGACUAAUUAAAACUAUAUGAAUACAAAGUGAACCGUAACGUAAUAAAUUCUGCGAGUUCGAGGUGUCACUGCUUGGUUAAAAUAGCAGGACGGACGGAAUGCUGCUUCUUUUCUUUCAGCAGGGGUGGAGGGGUUUCAAAUCAUAAGGUCAAAGUUUGUUGCACAGCAGAUUUUGCAGAGCAACACAAAGGUUUGACCAAAAAACAAGAAAAAUGUAUGGCCCAGGCAGACGAUUCUUUUGCAACAUACCAUUUCUCUCAAUAUUGUAAUCCUGUUUAAAACAUUUAAUACAUCACAACUUAAGCAUCUAAAUGUCUCCUAUUUUAUAGUCCUUUUAUUGUUUGUACUUGCGUCCAAAAUCGCAUACGCCCUGUCAAGACGGGCUUUUACGAAACGCAACUGUCACCGCAUCUCCGAGAAAAAAAAACUGCGUGAUUCUCGCGAAUAAUCGCUAAUAAUCAAGCACAAUGCGAGUUCAUCCAAACCGACACCCCCCCCCAGUCUAGCCAAUCUUAGCCAUUGAGAGGCGGGGGAUAAAGAGCAACAUGUGCAAGAUGAUCCCCUAGCGCUCGCUCUCUCUCUGACGGACAAAACGGAGAUGUGGAGACUUCUCACAAAGUAGCAUAUUUUGCAGAUCAUCCCAGAGUGUCAAACUUUAAAAUGGUAUCUAUUAAUCGGGUCACAUCACUGUUGUCUUUGUCCCGGGAGCAAAAUCUCUUUUGUUUGUGUAGUUUGUUCACGACACUCUUCGCUUUUAUGGUGAUUCGCCAGCUCUUAAAGCAGCGGAGACCCCGAGGGUUUCCCCCCGGACCGACACCUUUACCCAUUAUAGGGAAUAUACUGUCCAUAGCCACAGAGCCUCACGUCUACAUGAAGAGGCAGAGUGAAAUCCACGGACAGAUUUUUAGUCUCGAUUUGGGAGGGAUCUCAACUGUUAUCCUAAAUGGUUAUGAUGCUAUUAAAGAGUGCCUGUAUUACCAGAGUGAGGUUUUUGCAGACCGGCCAUCCCUCCCUUUAUUUCAGAAGAUGACAAAAAUGGGAGGACUUCUGAACUGCAAAUACGGUCGCGGUUGGAUCGAACACCACAAGCUAGCCGUGAACUGCUUUCGUUACUUUGGCAGUGGUCAGCGGAUGUUCGAGCGGAUUUCUGAGGAGAGCCUGUUCUUUUUAGACGCCAUUGAAAAGCACAGGGGAAAACCGUUUAACCCUAAACAUCUUGUUACGAAUGCUGUAUCCAACAUCACCAACCACAUUAUCUUUGGGCAGCGUUUCUCUUAUGACGACAGCGAUUUUCAGCACAUGAUUGAGAUCUUCAGCGAGAACGUUGAGCUGGCCGCCAGCGGCUGGGCCUUCAUGUACAACGCCUUCCCAUGGAUGGAGUACCUGCCCUUUGGGAAGCAUCAAAAGCUCUUUCGCAAUGCCAACAAGGUGUACGACUUCCUUCUGCAAAUCGUCAAGCGCUUCUCACAGGAGAGGGUCACCCAGUCGCCACGACAUUACAUCGAUGCCUACUUGGAUGAGGUGGAGCAGAGUGCCACUGAUACGGCAACAUCUUUUUCUCAAGAUAAUCUCAUUUUCUCGGUUGGAGAACUCAUCAUUGCAGGCACAGAGACCACUACAAAUUGUCUACGCUGGGCGAUGCUCUACAUGGCUCUGUAUCCCAGGAUACAAGAAAAGGUCCAAAGGGAGAUCGAUUGUGUCCUGAAUGGCAGGCCACCUGCAUUUGAAGACCGGCAGAGGAUGCCCUACGUGGAAGCAGUGCUGCAUGAAAUCCUACGCCUUUGCAAUAUUGUCCCACUGGGUAUCUUUCGCGCUACCUCUCAAGAUGCAGUGGUGCGUGACUAUACUAUUCCCAAAGGCACCAUGGUCAUCACUAACCUGUACUCUGUGCAUUUCGAUGAGAAGUACUGGAGUGACCCAUCCAUCUUCUGCCCAGAGAGGUUCCUUGACAAUAACGGCAGAUUUGUUAGGCAUGAGGCAUUUCUACCGUUCUCAAUAGGCAAACGUCACUGUCUCGGGGAGCAGUUGGCCAGAUUGGAGAUGUUCUUAUUCUUCACCACGUUGCUUCAGAGGUUCCACCUCCAGUUCACUGAGGGCUUUAUUCCAAGUCUUUCCCCAAAACUAGGCAUGACUCUGCAACCUCGGCCCUACUCCAUAUGUGCCAUGAGGAGACAGCAGUAAACCUUCCCACAUGAGCCCUCGGGGAGCCUACUUAGAAGCGCAAAUUCCCUGUCUUAAAAUCCAUCAGGUUUUCAGCGGGCAAUACUGACCUCUGAUAUUGACUCCUUAAAUUCUCAGAAUGUGUCCUCCAUAGUUUCAUAGAACGCAGCUUGGGUGUGAUAAGGGUACUGUUAAAGAAUACACGGUAUGGAGAACACGUGUGUGGCGAACGAGAAAGUACAGGGCACGUAUCUUUCAUAAAUUGAUGUGAAAGAUGUGUAAUGCGUGGCGAGCCGAACGUUGUGCUAGUCAAUAUGAGAUGAAUAUUAUGUUAAUAAUUGAUAAGAUUCAACUCUGUUACAGUUUGGAGCGCUGUCAUUUUUAACAUUCCUUGAAUUCCUCUAUUUCUGGAGUUAAAUGAGAGGACCAAAGUUGCCUUUCCAAGAACCUUUCAGAAACAUUUAUGACUCCCAUUGGCUAAAAGCCAUAUUUCAGUACUGAACUAACAAUGGCCCUGUCUUUAGUUAAUCUCAGUGGAACAUUUAUCAUGAAACUUCUGUGGAAGAUAAUGGUGCUAUUCUCAAGAGCUGAACUCCAAUAUACUUAAACAAGUACAAUGUAUUUUUUGCUUUUAACUAUAUCUGUGUAAACGCUUGUUAUAAAAAAGUUAAAAACCUACCA